UCCAGGGCUUACCUUCCUCUCUUCCGGAUGAAACUUCGAUUUUCCUAUUUUCUUCCUUUCAAUUCCCUCUCAUUUCUUUUCCCAUACGACAUAUAAUGACCAAGAAACGGCAGCGCGUGGUAAACACUGCCGCGGAAGCGGCGACGACGACAUCGACCGCGUCUUCACGCCGUCUUUCCUCCACCGCCGCCAUGAUCAACUCCUCCCUCUCCGACAAAACCCUAACUCAGGCCUCUCAAAAGCCCUGCCCCCAUUCUUCCACCGGAGCCGCCGCUUUCAACGAUUCUACGUCGGCUGACGUCGUCCUCCGCCUCUUCGUUGAGCCAUCUCCACUCGAUUUGGACGAGCUAGAAUCGCCAUCCGAAACCGAGUCCGAGGUUUUUCUCUACCUCCAUUCCCAUGUCCUUCGUCGCUCCAAGUACUUUGCCGCUCUCUUGUCCGACCGUUGGCAGAAAGAUCGCGGAGCCGACGGCCAUGAUAUCGUCGGUGAGUCCGACGAAGAGCUGAUUCGGAUCAAUCUCGGUGUGCCUCCCACAAUCGAGUCCGGGAUCACGGUACUGGAACUUCUCUACUCUGGAGAUUUUUUUAACACUAUUAACAGUGCCUCCAUGGCUCUGGAUCUUCUCCCCGUGGCGCUUGAAUUGCUCUUCGAGGAAUGCGUUCGGUCCUGUGUUCGCUUUCUCGAGGCCGUACCGUGGACCGAGGAAGAGGAGAAAAGGGUUAUGUCUAUGAUUCCAUUACUGGGUGGGGAAGAGUCCAAGGAGCUUCUUGCUAGGGUUUCGCCUGGGGGUAACGAUUCUAGCGAAGAAAUGCUUUACAGUUUAAUUGUGGCUGCGAUUCACAGCCCUCCAAACAUGGCUUUGGUCAAGGCUUUUGUAGCUAAGCUGUUGAGGGACUUCUCUUCUAAGGAGUCGGCCAAGAGGGUACUGGAGAGGGCCUUCGAUGCGAGCUUGAAGGUGGUCAAGGAAUCAAUGGAAGAGUAUUCGAGUCCGACUUUUCGAGGGGAUAAUAACGAGACGGAGGCCAUGCAGAGGCUAAAUCUACACACUGCCAUGACCAAUGGUCGGCAAUUGCUUUGGCUGGUCGAGAGAAUGAUUGAGCUCAAAGUGGCUGAUACGGCCGUCAAGGAAUGGAGCGAACAAGCCUCUCUUACUUCGGAUCUUCAGAGGGCAUUUCGUGAUGAUGCGUGGAGGAAUCUCGUGCCGGGUCUCCCUGUUGUUGUGCUUCGCUCCACUUGUAAGCUUGCCAAUGCGGUCGCCACUGGUAGUAUUCUUGCUGCAACACAGGUUAGAAAGAAGCUUGUAAAAGAUUGGCUUCCUGUUCUGAUUGUUUGCAAGGACAAUGUUUCGCCUCUGUCUCACAAUAACAAAACUCUCUACUUGGAGUUGGAGGAGAUAUUCCUGAGAAUCAUCUCCACACUUCCCAUGUCAGAUGCCCAGGAGUUGUUGCAGCAGUGUCUCAGCUUUUCAAACCGAAAUGUGGAAGAUUGCUCUCACUUGGUCACUGCUUUCAACACCUGGUUUCGCCGAGCAGCUCAUCCCCGCCAAGAAAACUAGAUUUAAAAGUCAGUACACUUCCUUUCAUGUUGUUCUGAUAGAGAAGUUCCAGACUCUUUGUUGUGAUGCCAUUGUCUUUGGAUCUGUAGAGUUCCUCCUAAAAUUGUGCAUAAUAGCUAGUUAUGUGGAGAGCCAAAAGCUUGGUAAAUGCUGUGUACAUAACUUCGAUGUCUACUCACACCUUGUAAAAAAAAUUAAAUAAAUAAAGUCUGAACCAAUGGUUCUAAUGUAUUGUA